AUGGAGCUGCCAUUGAGUCAACUUAACUUCUCAGGGACAUUGCUGCUGCUGCUGGUGAUGUCAAACCUGCUGCUGUGGGAGAAAGCUGCAGCAAUUCCUGCAUGUCAUACUGAAGACGGAAGCUGUAGCGAACCACUUGUGGAAACAUUUAACAAUGCCAUCCAUAGAGCUGAAAACAUCCAUAACCUUAUCCACCAACUACAUGAAGAAUUUUUCUACCAAGAAUUCUCUUCCAGUGAAUUUUCUACUAUUACCAAAAAAUAUGUAAAAAUGAUGAUCAAUUUUGUGGGUGCCUGGAUCACCCCUCUCUACCAUCUGGUGGCUGAACUGAGUGCCAUGGAAGGGGUUCCUGAAACUAUCCUUUCAAAAGCCAAUGAGAUCGAAGAGAACAACAGAGACAUCCUGGAUGACCUUAGAUGGAUACUCACCAAGGCCUAUCCUACAGCAAGGAUGAAGGAAGACUUCCCCACCUGGCAAUAUCUCCCGGUUUUAAAAUCAAAUAACAAAUACUAUAAAUUUUUGGCUAUUUUUAACCUUUCCAGUUGCCUAAAAACUUGUAUAUCCUACACUAUCUAUCAUAUCAGAGAUUUGAAGUGUUUAAUAACAGGGGAAGGUUGCUAA